CUCUCACUUUCUGGACAGGAAAAGCUCCAGGCACAGCCAAUCGGGGUACAGCUGCCAGCAUCUGGGGCGUCUGGCCGCCGCCGCCGUAGUGCGAUGGAGACCUCCCCAGACAGGCUGCGGGAACCUCUUCGCCUGUAGCUGCCUCUCCUGCCAGCCGGAGCGACACACAGAUUGCUGUUAUCUAAAUAACUUCCAAGCCUGCUUGCUGAGUAGAGGGGAAAAAGCCAAAAAUUUUUUGGCUCUAUCCUGGAGUCUAAAAUCCUUGGGAACCCCAGUCUGCUUCUGCCCGAACCUCAGCCUCCCUCUGGCCUCCAAUGCCACCCUCUUAAGCCUGGUGUUGUCCUUGUUGUCUUUCUAAAGCUUCCAGGAGAGCCACCGCCACAGCAUGGGAACUAAGCUGUCCGGCACAUAAUGCUCCAAUGUGCCUCCAGCAGGCCUGCCCCCGUGGAGUUCCUUCUCUGCAAUGAACUCUUUGGCCACAGGCCACAGAAGCCUUCCUGCUUGGCGGAUCUAAAUGGGACCCCUUUGAGCCCCAUGGAGUCCUUCGGGGUGGUAGCGGAGUACGACUCGACUUCCAGUGCCACACCAGGCCAGCUGGAGGGGCUGGCGGGCGAGGAAGGGAUGGAGCCCCGCGUGGAGCAGAUGCUUGCCCCGGAUCCUGGAGGCCUUGGAGAACCAGGCUUGGCCCGCCGUUCAAGGACUUCCUUUGGAGAGACCAGGGAGCCUUGGAUCAAAGUGAACCUUUCCAGCCGCAAGCUGUCUCUCCAAGAGAGGUCUUCGCCUGUCCAGUCCCCCGGCGGGGGCACAGGGCUUAAUGGGCGCUGCAUUUACCCUUCCCUUCCUUACUCCCCUGUUACCUCGCCCCACUCUUCGCCCCGUCUGCCCCGGAGGCCGACCAUUGAGUCCCACCGAGUUUCUAUCACAGGACUGCAGGACUGUGUGCAACUCAAUCAAUACACACUGAAGGAUGAAAUUGGAAAGGGCUCCUAUGGAGUUGUGAAACUGGCAUACAACGAAGAUGACAACACUUACUAUGCAAUGAAAGUGCUUUCCAAGAAGAAGCUGAUGAGGCAGGCGGGCUUCCCACGCCGCCCCCCUCCUCGUGGUGCCAAGCUCCCCCUGGAAGGCUUUUGCCAACCCAGAGGACCCAUUGAGCAGGUGUACCAAGAGAUCGCCAUCUUGAAGAAGCUGGACCACCCAAAUGUGGUGAAGCUGGUGGAGGUACUAGAUGACCCCACAGAAGAUCACCUAUAUAUGGUGUUUGAACUUGUGAAAAAAGGGCCUGUGAUGGAGGUUCCCAAUCUGAAGCCUCUUACUGAAGACCAGGCGCGGUUCUACUUCCAAGACCUGAUCAAAGGCAUUGAAUACUUGCACUACCAAAAAAUUAUCCACCGGGAUAUUAAGCCUUCCAAUCUUUUGGUCGGAGAAGACGGUCACAUCAAAAUUGCCGAUUUUGGCGUGAGUAACGAAUUCAAAGGGUCGGAUGCCCUGUUAACCAACACAGUGGGCACGCCAGCAUUCAUGGCCCCAGAGACACUCUCGGAAACCAGAAAAAUAUUUUCUGGAAAGGCUUUAGAUGUCUGGGCAAUGGGAGUCACACUGUACUGCUUUGUCUUCGGACAGUGUCCUUUUAUGGAUGAGCGGAUCCUCAGUUUGCACAGCAAAAUCAAGAGCCAGAUGUUGGAAUUUCCGGACCAACCAGACAUCUCUGAUGAACUGAAGGAUCUAAUAACACAGAUGCUGGACAAAAAACCGGAAUCCAGGAUCACUGUCCCAGAAAUUAAGCCGCAUCCCUGGGUCACCAAGAAUGGAACAGAGCUGUUGCCGGCAGAGGAUGAAAACUGCACUCUGAUUGAGGUGACCGAAGAAGAGGUCGAGAAUUCAGUCAAGCACAUCCCGAGCUUAGCCACUGUGAUCCUGGUGAAAUCCAUGAUCAGGAAAAGAUCUUUUGGGAAUCCAUUUGAGGGGAGUAGAAGAGAAGAAAGAUUUCUGUCUGCACCAGACAGACAGACGUACUUGAUCAGAAAACAAAGUAGCGAAGAGGCCUUCAGGGGCAUUAAUGACCUGCCAAACGUUAAUGAAGACGAACUGCUUUCUUGAAAAAAAUGCGGCUUUCCCGUAAGAGAGCUCCUGUGUGGCUCACCACAUGUGGUCUGCAAGGGAGAGCACCCUGCAGGCCGCUGAGCCGGCCUGCCUUCUGUGAUGUUGGUUAAUUGUGUAGAUGCCGAAUGUAAAGAUUUUUGCGACAGCAUGCUGUACAGAUCAGAAUCCAUUCAAUCAUCCUAAGAAAAAAGAACUCUGCUGAUAAAGCAGGAUGUCGGAACAGAGGAGGAUUAUCUACAGGCCUGCUAGCGGUCAUCACCCAGCUGAAGCAUUGUGCCCACCUCGGGGGAGAAAAAGCGAAGAAUUAACCCACAGUAAAACCAAGUUUGGGGAGAAACAUGUAACUGCUCAGGCCAAAUCCUUUGCAAAAACGACAGUCCAAUUUUUUUAUCCGUAGGUGGCUAAGCAAUGGUGCUUCCUGCCAAGCGAGGAUCAAGAAAGUGCUUGCUUUUGGAUGUUCUGUUUUUUUUUAAUUAUCAUCAUACGUUUUAUUGCAUGGAAACCAAACCCAUGUCAGAUUAAGGAGCUAUGUGAGGAAUGCUUGGCCUUUUGUGAGCAGGUGAUUCGGUUUCAUUCUGACAGCAGUUUUUCAGGGGCCCCGUUUCCUGUACUCAAGCACGAAAGACAGAAGGGACGUGCAUCGCAAAAGGGCAAGGGAAAAGACGGCAUGUUCAAAAAUGGGUUGUGCGAUUGUGUUCGAGCACAACUUGCAAAUAUGCAUUGUUUGGUGAAACAGUCUGUCCAGCUGGCAAAGCACAGGCUUGUAUUUACUGAUAAUAAUUCUACUUUAUAUCUGUGUUACUGUAUGGCUGUGUACAUGAAAUUCAGGGUUUUAUAAAAUAACCAUCCGGUGCUUGCUGGCAUGUUUAACAGUUGAAUAACUUUUAAGAUGAACGUAGAGAUUCUGCAGUUUUUUCAAAUACACUCCAAGGAUUUAAACCAAAACAACACAUAGAUUUUUGCUGUUGAGCACUUUUCCAAUUCACUUAUAAAUGGUAGUUAAUCUCC